UGGGACUCAGGAGAUGUGAGUCUGGGUGAGUCACCAACUCUCGGCCAGCCCACCUUGCAGGGCUGUUGUUGUGAGAAUAAAAUGGAAAGGAGGAGGAGGAUUAUGUAAGCCACCUUGGGUUUCUUGGAAGGAAAGGUGGAAUAUCAAUAUAAUUCAGAAAUAAAGGCUACUCUGUGAGAACAAGGAGGGGGAAGGAAAUGCUCCAAAGGAACAGGUGCCUUUGCUUCUCACUCUCUGCCGGACCGGAUGUUUUAAAAUUAUGCCUUUUGCACCUGGCAUUCUCAACCUAAGAGGGUUCCCAGAGUACAAGAUUUGCGAUCUUCCGCCCUUUAUGCAGAUGUCAAAGAUAUGCACCACCUUUUCAUCAGAUCCCUGAUAAAAACCUUUAACAUCCAAAAUACAGAAACGACUCAAAACUGAUUUUGCCUGCUUUUCAAGGGCUCCAUUUCCUUGUACCCGUUGCAACAGUUCCAGUACGUUCAAGAUGACCCCAAAAGGCAGAUCAAGGAUCGGUUAAUGAGCCUUCUGUAUCCGGAGAUCGUCCGUUUGGGCUCGGUGUCUCCGUGCUGGAUGUUCCGGGGCGAGGAAUGGGAGGCGUGGGGGAGAGAGGAGGAGCCCCCAUGAGGGGCGGGUUUAUUGCGUGGCACAGCAGCCCCCAGACGCGGGAGGGACUUGCAUGGAGCUCCCAGCUGCCUCCGGGUCUCCCAAAAAGCUGCUUUUGUGAGCGAAGGAAGCCAGAGAGCGCUUGCAGGAAACACUGCUCACGAUGCCCCUCCGCGUUCAGCUGCUGCCGCUGCUGCUGCUGUUCCUGGCGACCCAGGCAAGCGAAGCUGCCCAGCAGCCUAAAGAUAAUUUAUUGGUUUUCACUGUGGCCACCAAGGAGACGGAAGGAUUCAGGCGGUUCCAAAGAUCAGCUCAGUUCUUCAACUACACCCUGAAGGUGCUGGGAUCAGGGCAAGAGUGGCACGGAGGAGAUGAUGAAAAGUCGGCCGGAGGCGGGCAGAAGAUCCGUCUCCUGAAGUCGGCUUUGGAAGAAUACGCGGACGAAGAAGAUCUGGUCAUCCUUUUCACAGACAGCUAUGAUGUCAUCUUCGCUUCACGACCUGCUGAGCUCCUGAAGAAAUUCAGGCAGGCCAAGGCCAAAAUUGUCUUUUCGUCGGAGACGUUCAUUUACCCUGAUCGAAGGUUGGAAGCCAAGUACCCUCAGGUCCAAGAAGGGAAACGAUUCCUUGGAUCCGGAGGAUUCGUGGGCUAUGCCCCCUAUCUGCACAAGCUCGUGGCAGGCUGGCAGGGCUUGGACAGCGACAGCGACCAGCUGUUUUAUACCCAGGUCUUCCUGGAUCCUGAGCAGCGGGAGAGCCUAAAUAUAACCUUGGAUCACAGGUGUCGGAUCUUCCAAAACCUGAACGGCGCUCUAGAUGAAGUGGUUCUGAAGUUCGAAACGAGGCGAGUGAGAGCACGGAACCUGGCCUUCGACACGCUCCCGGUCGUGAUCCACGGCAACGGCCCCACCAAGCUGCAGCUGAACUACCUGGGAAACUACAUCCCCCAGAGCUGGACCUUUGAGACAGGUUGCACCGUUUGUGAGGAAGGCCGGAAGAGUCUGGCGGACCUGAAGGAGGACCUGCUGCCGGUGGUGCUGAUUGGGAUCUUCAUCGAGCAGCCCACCCCGUUCCUCACCCAGUUCUUCCAGAGGCUGCAGAAGCUCCGGUACCCGAAGAAACGGAUCCAGCUGCUCAUCCACAACCACGAGGCGCAUCACCUCGCCCAGGUGGGCGCGUUCGUGAGCGGGCGCGGGCAAGACUAUCGCUCCGUCAAAGUGAUCGGGCCGGAGAAUCAAGUGGAGAACGCCGACGCUCGGAACGUGGGCCUGGACCUGUGCCGGCAGGACCCCGUCUGCGAGUAUUACUUCAGCCUGGACGCCGACGUGGUGCUGAAGAACCAGGACACACUGCGGGUCCUCGUGGAGCAGAACAAGCUCGUGAUCGCCCCGCUCGUGAGCCGCCUCGGGAAGCUGUGGUCGAAUUUCUGGGCUGCCCUGAGCCCCGACGGCUACUAUGCUCGCUCGGAGGACUACGUGGACAUCGUCCAGGGGCGGCGGGUUGGCCUCUGGAACGUCCCGUAUAUCUCAAGCGCUUAUCUGAUCAAGGGCAGCCUCCUGAGGUCUCAGCUCACUCAGCACGACCUUUUCCACAGCGGCAAGCUAGACGCGGAUAUGGCUUUCUGCCACAACCUCCGGGAGCAGGACAUCUUCCUUUUCGUGACGAAUCAACAGCACUUUGGACACAUUCUCUCCCUGGAGAAUUACCAGACCAGCCACCUGCAUAAUGAUCUUUGGCAGAUCUUCAGCAACCCAGAGGACUGGAAGGAAAAAUACAUCCACGAGAACUACUUCACGGCCUUGAAAGGCAAACUGGUGGAAACGCCCUGCCCGGAUGUUUACUGGUUCCCGAUAUUUACGGAAGAAGCUUGUGACGAGCUGGUGGAAGAGAUGGAGAAUUUCGGCCAGUGGUCCAAGGGAGGCAACCAGGACCACAGAAUCCAGGGGGGAUACGAGAACGUGCCGACCAUCGAUAUCCACAUGAACCAAAUCAACUUCGAGCGCGAGUGGUACAAAUUUCUCCUGGACUACAUCGCGCCCAUCACGGAGAAACUCUAUCCCGGCUACUACACCAAGGCGCAGUUCGAGCUGGCCUUCGUCGUCCGGUACAAGCCCGACGAGCAGCCGUCCCUGAUGCCACACCACGACGCCUCCACGUUCACCAUCAACAUCGCCCUGAACCGCGUCGGGGUCGAUUACGAGGGAGGAGGCUGCCGCUUCCUGCGCUACAACUGUUCCGUCAGGGCCCCCCGGAAGGGGUGGACCCUCCUGCACCCUGGCCGCCUGACGCAUUACCACGAGGGGCUUCCCACCACCAAAGGGACCCGCUACAUCGCCGUGUCUUUUCUCGACCCGUAGAGGAGCCGCCUCCGCGACGGAGCAGGGAGAGAGGACGGGGGAAUCUUUCCCUGCCGGCUGCACCCUCAACAGGAGAACUUGGCCGAGAAUCGGAAAACCUGAGCUUCCAAAUGGACUCGAUCCGACUACCGAAUUGUUGUUGCCUUAAAAAGCUUCUUCUGAACCAAAAAUGGGGAGAUUUUCCAAAGAUAGCAGGGCGCUCGAAGCAGAGUUCACUCUCGCGUCCCUCGAAUCGACGGGGGGAGCCUGCAGGAAGUGCCGGGCAGCCCCCUCGCGUGCCGCCGUUUCCUUUCCCUGGGACCCAUGUGGGAGAAUUUCCCCCACGGGUUCUGUGCCCCCAGGACAAGGCAGUCUCUCUACUGCUGGCCCCCCCCGAUGCCCCCCCCCGACUUCUGAUUUUGCUUUGUGUGAGCCAUUUGUGCUGUGUGUAGGUUGUGGCGGGAACCAACGUCAAAAGCAGAUAAACCCAGAAAAGAUGGAGGAAUAAGAAACCUCUGCCAUGCAGUUUUAAAGCGUUAUUUCUGGCUUUGCCCCCUCCUUUCCUGGAAACCGGCCAAGAGGGGCAUAGGGUGCCCGGCCCGUUGAAUUUUUAUUCGGUUUACGAGAUGCGGCUGGCCCGGUUUAGAUCGGCCCUCUCCCUCUCCGCACCGGGGUAAGGUCCCCGGCGGUUCGAAGCCAGGCUCCGGUGAGGAGCUUUCUAAGAGCUGUACGUAUUUAUUUCGGAGAGGCGCCCCUCUGUUUGUUUCUUCUGCACAAGGUGUACAGAUUUCGACAGGAGAUUUUUACAUUAAAAUGUUUAUGAAAACA